CUCCGCUUUGCGGCCCCGUGGCCGGGCAUCGCGCGCCUCGCGCGCUGUCCCCAUGCCCGCCUGCACCGCCGCAGUGUGGCACGACGCAUCGGGGGCAUCGCCCUCCCACCACUCUGUCAGCUCGCGCCUAGACAGCCUCUUCUUCCCCACCAGCGCUGGGCCGCUUGCAUCGGCGAUGCGCCCUGUCCAAUCUACACAAGACAAUCGGCCGGUGGGCCCACGACAUGGCUACAGAGGCGGCGCAUGAGGCGCGGGCUCGCAAUUGGGCUCGCAAUUGGGCUUGUUUGUCGCUUGUAAAAUUUGCCUGAGCAGCUGGCGGGCCUCGCAAACGGCCGGGCCUGGGGCGCCAGGAGCAAACGACGGCGGGCUGUUCCAUGGCGCGCGCCUCUGCUGCACUGGCUCAUUGCGCGCUGCACCCCAAGCAGCCUCAGCUCUGCCUCUCUGGGAAAGCCAUAGCUUCCUCGGCAGCACACUGGCGUCAUUGGCUGCCAGCGUGGCUUACCUAAUUCGCUGGACCCUGAUCCUAGCGUAAAAAAAGUUCCAAUCCCCACCUCAAGAUUGUGCGACACAGCGCUCUUCUUCCACCACUGUCAAUAUUGGUCUGCGCGGUUCGGCGAGAGACCACAGCAGGCAAGCUUU